AUGAUACGUGAAUUUUAUGACAGUUCUGAGGAUGACGACAUGGAUAACCAAUAUCAGAUAGAUCCUGAGUGUGCGGUGCUCACACGGCCUGACCGCGAUAUGCAUAAUAGAUGCUGCGGUGGCAAAGCUUGGUGCAUUAAGGAUAUAUGCGGCAUAAUAUGCGCAGCGCUGACAUGGCUGCUGAUCUUGUAUGCGGAGUUUGUGGUGAUGAUGGUCAUGCUUCUUCCAAGCCUCAAUACUUACCCCGUGUACAGCUACAUCAAUAUUUUCUUCUAUCAGACUCUUGCUUUACUCGCCUUCGCCUCGCACCUUAGAACUAUGUUCACAGAUCCAGGCGCAGUUCCAAAAGGCAAUGCGACUAAAGAGAUGAUAAAGCAAAUGAGCUUUCGCGAGGGUCAAGUGAUUUUCAAAUGCACCAAGUGCUGCAGCAUCAAGCCGGAGCGGGCGCACCACUGCUCCGUCUGCCAGCGCUGUAUACGCAAAAUGGACCACCAUUGCCCAUGGGUCAACAACUGUGUCGGAGAGAACAAUCAGAAGUACUUUGUCUUGUUUACCUUCUACAUCGCGGCUCUGUCGACGCACUCGCUUACGCUGGCGGUGUACCAGUUCGUGACCUGCAUCCGGCACGAGUGGCGCGACUGCAGUGCUUACUCGCCGCCGGCGACUGUCGUGCUGCUGCUGUUUCUCAUCGCCGAAGCGCUGCUCUUUGCUAUCUUCACCGCGGUCAUGCUCGGCACGCAGCUGCACGCCAUAUGGAACGACGAAACUGGUAUUGAACAACUGAAGAAGGAGCAGGCGCGAUGGGUGCGGAAGUCUCGAUGGAAGAGCAUACAGUCAGUGUUCGGACGAUUCUCCAUUUUCUGGUUCUCGCCGUUCACCCAGCCGUCACCCAAGACCAAGCUGGAGAGUUAUCUGUACAGUGUGUAAAUAACUAGACAUGUGAUGAGGCAGACUGGUACACCAACAGGUAGACACAGGUUUCGCUUAAACACCAUUAACAAAGUUAUAAUCUGAAGCUACAACUUGCUAAUCGUCUCUCUCUUGACUAGGGGUCGUAUUUUAGAACUCUACUCAAUGCUCAAGUCAGGACUUGAGCAGACUUGAGUAUGAUUUCAAGCACUGGAAAUACGACCCUAAUGGCAAGG